AUGGCGAACGCCGCCCCGCAUGCUCGGACAUAUCCAACAAGGACAGACUUGAAGCAAAAUCGAGCCGGGAAUAGUCAAAACGACGCGAGCAUGUUGGCGUUUCUUUAUCCUCGAACCAAGACCGAUCUAACAACACGCCGGAUGCAGGAUGGGCGGGUUCCCAACGGCCCUGUGAGAUCUUCCCGCGCGGCGCUGCCCGCCUUUCGCUGGCCUACCCACAAAGACUUGACUUUUAUCAAGCCACCCCUCCAAGACGAGGACCUUUACGAUGCAUCAAGCCCCAAUAUCGACCGCAGCUUAGGAGAGAAAGAUGUGGAGAAGUUUCUCCGGGACACGUAUGCUAGGCUGUACGACCCACGUCUCGAUGGGACAUGGGAUGAGGCCUUGGACGCCUGGAUGCAUUGCCACAAUGGCUUGCAAAAGGCUCGGGCCGGAGAGGAAUUGUUCGAUGACGAAGUAUACCAUCUCGCCCAGAGAUUCGUAUCGUUGGCCCAGUACGGAGGUGAUACGAAGCUGGGCCCUCGCGACCAAGGAAAGUGGUUUAUUCUUCCUGCGCUUUAUGCGAUCCGGCUUGAUGAUGGUGCAAAAUGGGCUGCACCAACGAUCAAGUUGGGACACCCUGUCGUUUCAACGCCCGAAACCACGGAAAAGCUCAGGGAGAUGUUCAAGAAAGCGAAAGUCACGGUCCAUCUUGUGAACCUUCCCAGGCACUGGGCUGUGUUAUUCUACCAGCCCGCAACCGGGGCCACUUGCUAUGUCGACUCCCUUUACACCCAUCAGCCCAAGAAGAGGCGAACGGUUUACGGUAAAGAUGCAAUAAACGAUCUGAAAGGGAAAUGCAAACGGGCCAAAGAUGCCUUUCAUAAGUGGCUAGAAGAGUCAGGUCUGCCUCCUGCCAAUCCCGACAAGCACUCGUGUGCGUCGAGCCCGGAUCAAGAAGAUGGGUGGAGCUGCGGAUUCCAGGUGAUGGCCAAUAUCCUAGCAUUCAUCCGCUACGAGGCCGUCGGAUGGCACAGGAUCCCAUACUGGGCCAACCAGUGCCGGAAGUCCAGAAGGAGGGCAGUGAGAAACAUGCGCAGGGAGAUCGUCAUGUGUCUGCACAACAGUAUGGGCCUGCGACUCGGUAAUAUGCCGCUAAACGCCGCGAACGAGGAUGGCUUGCAGGGGAUGGCCAACGGCAGGGGUGACCAGCGAGAUGGCGAGAAUCUGUCUGACUCUGCGGAUGGGAUGGCGGGGGACGACUUCCAUGACGACGCGGACGGGGACGGGGAUUACGAAGACCGAACGGAUCAUUACACCGGCAAAGGCAAAAGGGCAAACCCGACGACCUGCAGAUCCGGCCGGAUAACCAGAGCGGGACAGCGAUCCCAAUCCGACGCCCCCCGACCAGCGGCCGGGGCAGCCCUCGGCCGGACAACACGGGCCCAGGAAGAGCGCGCGCGGAAGCAGCGCGACAUGGCCGCCCGCCUGGCCGAGCUGCAAGAACUGGCCAGACAGCGGUCAGACGCCAUGGCGGCGGCACUGAAAGCAGGCAAGCCAUAUACUCCACCGGACGAGGCGCCGUCGACGGGGCCUUCUGACAGGGAGGAGGACGCGCACGACGAAAGGCCUGCGAAGAGAUCUACCAGGAGUACGACCGCCGGUUCCGCGAGGGCGGAGGAUUCCAGGACGAAGGGCGCGUCGGGGAGAGGCGGUGGCAAGGCGUCGCUGAAGCGGAAGGCCGCUGAUGCUCCUCUCGUGGAGGGAGAGGAAGCCGGGAAGAAGAAGCAGCAGCAGCAGCCGCGGGGAAGACCUGUGAAGAGGAAGAAGACUGAUGGCCAGGAGGCAGAGGCCGGGAGAACGACGGCCAAGACGGCUAGGUUGCCUCUGCCUCAGUAG